GCUGCCGAGGAGCCGCAGUCGCUGCAGCCGAGGACUGCCUCCUAAUUUGCGCCGGGGAAGACUCCGUGAAUAAAGGAGCAGAAGGAAGGAGCGAUGUCACCUGGGUGUUUCUUCCUCGCGUGGACUGAUUGUUGCCAAAACUGACAUUUUGCGUUUUUUUGUUUUGCUUUGUUUUUUUUGUAAGCUUGCACCUUGAUCCGCGGGAGUGUCGCAGCCUUGUGUUCUCCCUCUCCUCCCUCCGCUUCCAUUGACACGAGGUGCACGCUGACAGCCUCUCGCCGCUUCCACAUGUCGCAUCUUUUGUUGACUUUGAGAAGCGCUAAAGUGAAAUAGAGCACGCGACACUUCGCUCCCGUGACAGCGCCUUCAAACGGACGCGCGAGGAGGGGAGAGAGUCAUAGGCAGAGAGUGGAGAGGAAGAGAGAGCGAGAGAGAGAGAGAGAGAGAGCGCGAGAGAGAGACGGCGUGAAGGUGUGUUUUGAUGUUCGGCAUCCACGAGAGCAUCCACAGGAGUGGGAGUAGUAUGAAAGAAGAGCCCAUGGUGGCCGGCAUGAACGCGGUUCGGACAUGGAUGCAAGGUGCCGGGGUGCUGGACGCCAACACAGCCGCCCAGAGCGGAGUGGGUCUGGCCCGGGCGCACUUCGAGAAGCAGCCCCCUUCCAACCUGCGCAAAUCCAACUUCUUUCACUUUGUGCUGGCUCUGUACGACCGCCAGGGUCAGCCCGUGGAGAUCGAGAGAACCACCUUCAUAGAUUUUGUGGAGAAGGAAAAGGAAACGACAGGUGAAAAGACCAACAAUGGGAUCCACUAUAGACUGCAGCUCCUCUACAGUAACGGCAUCAGGACAGAACAGGACUUAUAUGUGCGACUGAUCGACUCCAUGACCAAACAGGCGAUUAUCUAUGAAGGCCAGGAUAAAAAUCCAGAGAUGUGUCGGGUUCUGCUGACCCACGAGAUCAUGUGCAGUCGAUGCUGCGAUAAGAAGAGUUGUGGAAACAGAAAUGAGACCCCAUCAGACCCGGUAAUCAUCGACAGGUUCUUCCUCAAGUUCUUCCUGAAGUGUAACCAGAACUGUCUGAAGAAUGCUGGCAACCCUCGAGACAUGAGGCGUUUUCAGGUGGUUGUGUCAACUACAGUGAGCGUGGAGGGUCAUGUGCUUGCUGUGUCCGACAACAUGUUUGUGCACAACAACUCCAAACACGGGCGCAGAGCUCGAAGAUUGGACCCCUCGGAAGGCACGCAGUCCUACCUGGAACACGCAACCCCCAGCAUCAAAGCCAUUAGCCCCAGUGAAGGCUGGACCACAGGGGGCGCUACUGUCAUCAUCAUCGGGGACAACUUCUUUGAUGGCCUGCAGGUCAUUUUUGGCACCAUGUUGGUUUGGAGCGAGCUGAUUACCCCACAUGCCAUCCGAGUGCAAACUCCACCCAGACACAUCCCUGGCGUGGUUGAGGUCACGCUGUCCUACAAAUCCAAACAGUUCUGCAAAGGCACACCUGGACGCUUCAUCUACACAGCGCUGAACGAACCGACUAUAGACUAUGGCUUCCAGAGGUUACAGAAGGUCAUCCCCAGACACCCUGGAGACCAGGAGAGAUUACCCAAGGAGGUAAUCUUAAAGAGGGCGGCAGACCUGGUUGAGGCCUUGUACGGGAUGCCUCACAACAACCAGGAAAUGAUCCUAAAACGAGCGGCAGACAUCGCAGAGGCCCUCUAUACGACUGUGCCACGAGGGCACAACCAGCUAGCCAGCCUCGGCAGUGGAUCUGUCCAUGCAGGCAUGAUGGCCGUAAACUCCUUCUCUGGGUCGGAAGUGGCUCAAACAGCCAAUCAGGGUUUCAGUAGGACUACAAGCAGUGUGUCCCCUCAUGGUUAUGUCCCCAGCUCCACUCCCCAGCAGGGUAGCUACAGCUCUGUCUCCACUAGCAUGAAUGGCUACGCUAACUCUGGCAUGGCAACCUUGGGCACUUCGCCCAACUUCCUCAAUGGAUCCGCAGGCAACUCCCCGUAUGCUAUCGUCCCGUCCAGCCCCACCAUGGCGUCGUCGACCAGCCUGCCCUCCAACUGUAGCAGCUCCUCCGGCAUCUUCUCCUUCUCCCCUGCUAACAUGGUGUCCGCCGCCGUCAAGCAGAAGAGCGCCUUUGCUCCUGUCGUCCGACCCCAAAACUCGCCACCGCCCACGUGCACCAGCGCCACCGCUAACAGCCUGCAAGAUCAGUCUUUUGUGGACUCUAGCAAGUACUCAUCAGCCAGCUCCCUGCAGGGCCUGGCCUUCUCCUGAACGAUUCCAGGGAUGAUUGUUCCACCCAUGUAGAGGAUCUGGAAAAGAAGAAUGUUGAGAGGAGCAAGACACAAGUGUGUGUCAGACACUGGAGCUGAAGUGACGAUAAGAACUCUGUUCAAAACUCAGGCCUUUCCACUCCACUGGGAUUUAGAAGACGGAACAACCUUUUCCAUGUCAUUUCCCUUUUGGUUGAAUUAGUGUAGCUCCGGGAUUCAUAUUCAUAUGUAUCUUUGUUUAUUCGAUUACUGGAGAAGCAAAGUGUAACGUGCACAAAAAACAGUUAAGUGAUUAGCUUGCUUGCUAAAAAAAAAAAAAAAAAAAAAAACACACACAGAAGUAAAACUGAAUGAGAGAGCAUAACACAAUGAUCCUAUUCUAUUUAUGCUGUUUUAAUUCUACUAAAACUGUGACCAUGAAGCAUGUCACAAGAGUUUAGAAAAUAUGAUGUGAUGAUUUAGCCAAAAGGGAUUCAUAAAAACUUGAAAAGCCCAAUGAUGUGUGUGUCCAGCCAGCACUGUACUGAAGGAGUCAAGCAAAUAUGACAUUAGAAUAAAAGGUGUGAUAUAUUUUUGUAUAUAAAAAGGUGGUUUUUUUUCCCAUUUAUUUCAUUCAGCUAUUUUAUUUUAUUUUUUUCUGGCAAAAGCUCUAGUUUGAAAAAUGUCUUAAGGCAGCUUCUCAGUACAGAAGAUUUAAAGAUACAACAAGGAUUUGGAUACAAAAAAGGGGGUUGUGUAAGAUAUUCUAUAAAUACUGUAUUUAUCCCUUGUAUUUGUACAUCACCUUUGUUUAGUUGUGAACAUACUACACUGUGUUUUGUUACAUGAUUCACUGUUGUCUCUCACUAUUUAAAUGUGACUUCUUUUGGUUUUGUAUGGGACUCACCAACACACCAUUGUCUAUUUUUGUAUAAGUUAAUAAAAUGUGUCUGUUGUUUUUUUUGGUUUGUUUCCUUAUAAAAAUGUUUAUUGUAUGGCAAAAAGUAGCAUCUUAUUCAGAGUAUUUGGUUGAAGUAGAUUUUUUUAAAGAAUAUAUACACAUAUUAUACUGUAAAGAUAUAUCUUUUUGUUUUUCCAGAUUGAUACUGUUAAUAUGCAUGGGUUCUUCUCUUGAGUGGCACUGUCCUUGUGUGUGUAUAUGAGCGUGUGUGUGUGCGUGCACAUUCUUUCUUUCCCCAUGUUAUUUAUGCCUGCUUACAUAUUGUAUGUAUCCCUACACUCUUGUUUUCUGUCACUGUAAUCUUUACCAGCAGUCUAGAUGCCUUAACAAUGCAAUCCCAUUCUUCAUUCAAUCACGUGUACAGUUUUCUAGCCUUGCCACAAUAGUCUCUUUGCCACAGAGGAAUUCAUGGGAACUUGGGGGACAAAGCACAAACACACACAAGAACACAAAGAGCCAUAAUUCAAAAACACUCGAAAAUACAACAGCAAUGGCACGUUUUUACUUGCUUCGAGAAAUCCUUUCACCUUACUUAUCCUUGUUUAAUUCUAAGUAGCACAGCGAAACGCUGCCAAAGCACAAUCUUAUCACACACACGGAAUCACAAUUCAGACCUAAGUAGCCGAUCCCUGUGGCAUUCAUGCUACAUGUCCCACUCUAAAACAUGGCUUCAUUACAAGCUAAACGGUAGCUCAUUUCUGUAGAUUUUGAAUUUUUUUAGAUUAUUGUGUGCGUGUGUGUGUGUGUGUGUGUGUGUGUGCGCGUGUGUGUGUGUCUGUGUGUGUGUAAGUGUGCGCGAGCAUGUUGUGGACAGACCGUCAGAUAAGGGGACUUUUCUCUCUGCUUUUCUAGUUUUGUUAAGGAGCAUUUGAAGUGAGUGGUGCCCGCUGACAGACGAGUGUUUUCAGUCACUUGUGUUGUUGUUCUAUAUGAGGGGCCACGCCAUAUCUGUUUCACAAACACACCACAGAGGUCUAUUGUCGUACACAAAUGAAUGGCUUCUCUUUGGAAACUUAGCUCCAUCCCCAUUAUGAUUUUUGUUUUAUACAACGAAAAAGACAGAUGCAAACCAAAUAGCCAGUGUCUAUUUUUUUCCUCUGUGUUUUUUGUUGGGUUUUUUUCUGUCUUUGACUGCAAAUACACUAAAAAGCUCUAAGAGAAGAAAAAAAAUCUACUGUAUAGAUUGUUAUUGUUUUUGAUGAGCUGUAAGAUAACUUUUGGACUCUCACAAUGUUGAAUUAAAGUUACCUCUUGUCUGUGA